AUGGGAAGAGAUAUGCUCUUCUUGUGCGGAUACAGUCCACUUCGAACCUCUCAGGAUGCCAGUUCGUCGAAGGAGAAGUAUGAAGAGAGCUUAGCUCGUGUCUCCCACCUUUUGAACGAUGACGACAUGGUGGAAGAGGAAAAUCGCGAAAGGGGACCCCAAGAGGAAGAGGGCGACGGUGAGCUACGUGGAGAAGCGGGAGAGCAGGACGAAGCUGAACAUGUGACGGAGAAAGACAGUGAUGAUCAGGACGUAGAUGAGGAGGAAGAUGAGAACUCGUUCGUGGAGAUCGCGAGAAAACGAGAGAAGCGGACAGCGAUUAGUGAUGACGAGGAUGAGGAAGAAGAUGAAGAUGAGGAAUCAUUCGUUCAGGAGGGCAAUAAGGGUGGGAAGAAGACGGUGAGCUCUCUGCUUGAGCAGAAGGUGGCCAAGAGGAAACUGGUCCGGAAUUGA